UAUUUAGCCAGUUGUAGAGGCAUAGAUAAGGUAAAAAGUAUACCUGCAAUAAAUCUUUAUUUUUUGUAAACCAUAAACGUAAUUAACUAAAUUAACGGAUUGCUUAGUUAAUUUUGUGAUCAUUCGAAAACAAAUUUGAAGUGCAGCUGUAAAAUUGGAAAAGAGGUGAAAAUAUCAGUGGUUGAGGCUUGAAAGUGGUUAUUGGUUGUUCCAGGAAAUACUUCAUUAAGCUACGAAAUAAUAAUAGUUUUUAGGUUACAAAUAAGAAUUGUGAAUUGAUAAAAUUGUUGGUUUGAUAAAACUAAACAUGGCCAACAAGGAAUACUCGUUUCAGGAAGUUAAAAAACAUAACAACAAUCAGAGUACUUGGGUUGUCAUUCAUAACACAGUUUACGAUGUGACUCCAUUCUUGAAUGAGCACCCUGGCGGUGAAGAGGUACUUUUAGAGCAGGCAGGAAAAGAUGCCAGCGAAGCCUUCGAAGACGUGGGGCAUUCCACUGAUGCCCGUGAGUUGAUGACAAAAUAUCGAAUUGGAGAAAUCGUAGAAUCCGAAAGAAAGCCCGUUCAAGCAAAGAAAGCCCAAUGGCAUGAUGACUCUGACAAAUCGAAAUCAGAUAGCUCCAUGAGGUCUUGGUUACUGCCUGUAAUUCUGGGCGUAGUUGCUACUCUAAUUUAUCGUUUCUAUUUCCAGUAGGCUUUAAUUUUUUGAUUAUUUUUGAACACAAUAUCAUACACACUAUUGUAGUAAAGAUAACGAGAACAAAACAAAAAACGAAUCAAAAGUGAUGUAAACUUUUCCAACUAAUUAAAUUAAUAUCAUGUGCAAUUUUUUAGAUUGUACGUAUAAAUGAAUCAUUGACACCUAUUAGUUUAGAUUAUAUUAUAUAGAUUUAUACAUAUAUGUAUAAAAACAUAAUGUUAAUGUCUGUGUGUGUGUGUUGGGGUUAUUCUAUGGGACCAUUUGUGUUUAAUUUCCAAAUUAGUUAGUACGUUUUUAUUUUAUAUUUUAUUAUAAUUCCAUAUGUGCUAUUAGUACGUCUGUUUUUU